CCAAUAAAAAACUUGUGGUUGUGCUCAAUGAGAAUGAUUAUCUCGGAGCAGCAGCAAAUCCCCUUCAAGGGACUCUCAUCAGAAUACGGCAGUACAACGACACAUCAACUCGAACCCGCAAGGAUCCCAUUCAGGUACGGGCAASGCAAAACUCGCUCGUGAUACUCACUGCCAUCUACUSCAACAUGUCCUCCUCUGGAACGGAAAGCUCGCAACAAAUAUUUCACUUGGACAUCCAUGCCUGGCUCGACUCGCAACAAACAUCGCACGGGGUCCGGCACGAUGAUUACGCGCAAUACCACGCGUAUUGUACCCGCCGGCUGUCUCGUCUCUCUCACAAGCCUUCCGGGGCAAAGGCCUACUUGGUGAAUUCCAGCAAGUACGCUUCCUCMAAUCCAUCAAAGCCGAAAACUCCCGGAGGCCGCCAUGCAUUUUGCGGUCGCUCCCAUGAUACCUUUGCCUUGACGAAAGAGGUUGAAGUCGAGKCCGAUGCUGCUGAACCAGUAAACGCAGCUGCAGCAGAAACAAAGACAACGAAGGUAGUGCAAGUGCCGGUAUCGCACGAGAAUAUAUUGUGGUACCUGUUGGUCAACGCCGAGCGUUCAUGGGCCCAUGCGAAUGAAAUUCAGAAGGCUAACCAAAUCAAGCGAAGGCAACCCAUCCUCAAGAAGCUCAAGCGUGCCAAUAAAUGGGCCCAGCUCCUAGUGGAAAAGGCGAAGUUCAGCACCGAUGAGGAAACUCAGAAAGAAUGUGAAGCAUACGCGGCGUGGAUGUCCGCGAAUUACGCCCUGGAACAGAWGCAAUAUCAGGUAAGCAAACAGCCCGAGCACACAAGACGCAACAGUGGGACAUACUUUUUUCCAACAAACAACCUGAUUUUKUGAAUAGGGACUGAAUUGAAAGCAAUCAAYCUUUGUUCUAGUAUAUGAAGCACACUCACGAGAAGCUUUCUUUGUCAAAAAUUUGUUUCUUAGAUCGCAAGCGAGGGUUACGCCCGUGCCAUGUCAUUGUGCCACGAAUUGAGUGGCGAAAAUGACACUGACAACAGUGCGAACGAUCGAACGAAURAUGUACAGCGCCUGGAACGGCACGACUUGUUUAUUACUAGGGCAGAUACCAUCUUGCGUCCUCUCUUUCGCUAUUGUCAGUACGAGUUGAAACAGGCUGGGCAGCMCACUAUGGAAGAACCACGAUUGCAGAGCAGUGGACAGGAACAAGAACACGAAGAUGAAGAUUCUAUUGUAUUCCGAGAUCGUGAAUUGAUUCUGGACAACAAAGAUUUGAGAGUAUU